ACCUGGCAAGAACUUAAUUCUUUCCAUCUGCGCUGCCUGAGGAGGAUACUGGGCAUCACCUGGCAGGACUGUGUCCCAAACACUGAAGUGCUGGCUCAGGCAAAAACAUUCAGCAUGCAUGCACUUCUCUCACAAAUGCCUAUGCAGGCUUGGCCAUGUCUGCCGAUUGCAGGAUGGCCGGAUUCCUAAGGACAUCAUGUAUGGUGAGCUUGCCUCUGGCUCUAGACCAACAGGCAGACCAGCGCUCCGGUGCAAAGACGUCUGCCUGCGUGACCUGAAAGCCGGCAGCCUGAAUCCUGCAGACUUGGAAGCUGCCACUGCAAACUGUGUCAGCUGGUGGCUCGCCGUAAGGACCAGUAUGGAGCUGAGCGUGGUAAAUAGAGAAGAACAGCAAGAGGACAAGAGGCAGCGUAGACGACAGAGAGCAGAGCCAAUGCCCACAAAAACAGUCAUAGGCUUCACCUGCAGCAACUGCAACAGACUCCGUGCUCUUGUAUUGGACUGUUUAGCCACAGAAGGCACUGCAAAUCCACAACAGACUGACUUUGGUGCAAAUAUUACAUUGUCUCUAGAGACAGAAGGAUGCCAGAACAUGAGAUGAGCAAAACUGCAGAGAACAUCAAUUCAGCAUUUUUUCAGAUUUUAGUCUUCUAAUAUAGUUUAAUAAAGUCUCUUCUGAGAAAAUUUGCAAGGAAUGCUUACUAGCAUCAAGGUAACAUAUAUGCAGAACAAAGUCAAGCAAAUGAUUAGGCAAGAAAAUUAUCAGUCAGCAAACUGUGUUUAGGGUCAAUACUGACCAGAUCCCAAGUCCACCCCUUGAAACUGAUUGUUUGAAAUCUGUGGAUAGAUAUGCGGACAGCAUGUUGACACACAGUUGAGGUUGCAUAUAAUGUAAUAAUGUACACAGCUUAGCAUUAGGAAUUACAAGUGGGGGCUUUCAAAAGACACUGUAUAUGUGAGCAGCACAGCGUGAGCUGGUGAAGGGGCCUAAGGCAUGUGUGUCUGUGUAAAUGUGUGUGCAUGUGUGUCCGUGUAAUGUGUGUGUAUUUGUGCGUGCGUGUGUGUGUGGAAAUGAGAGAAAUGAUAGGACAUGCUCUGCCAGUUUUCCGCCUGCGGUCACUCAGUGAUGUCAGAGCAGUUCAACAGAACACUGCUGCAUGCAUGUGUGUAUAAGAGAGACAGAUAGAAAGAGGCCCUUGACGAUGAGAGUGUUUCUUUAUUUGUAUGCCGCUAUGUAUGAAUGUGAAGAUGAAGAUAUUUGCACACAUGCACAUGUAUAGAGAAAGAAAACAGGAUCAAAAUAUAGGCAGAAGAAAAAAGUGGAUGCGCUCCAGUAGCACUGGACUAUCAGGUUCUCAUCAACAGUUUCUCAGAGCUUUCAUCUGAUCAGUAAUGCUGGACUGACCUUACAGAUGCUGGCAAGAGGAACACUUUAGAAAACAUGACAGCAGGUGUGGUCUUUGCAUUAUUCAAUCUGGCUUUACUUCAGGCUGUCUCCUCCUGCCCCAAAGAGUGUUCAUGUGACACUCACACUAAAGCGGUAGACUGCAGGGGGCAAAGUUUGUAUGAUAUUCCUCGCAAACUCCAUCAAGACACACUUGAGCUGUAUCUCCAAAACAACCGUAUCCGAGGCCUAGGCUCCAUGUCCUUCCGGGAGACACCACAACUCCAAAUUCUGGACCUGGCCAACAAUUCAAUCACAAUGCUUUCGCCCAGUGCCCUGUUGGGACUUAGAGGUCUAAAGGUCCUCCGCUUGGCCAAUAACUCUAUUCGGGAGGUGGAUCGGCGUCUUCUGGUUUCCAUAAGAAAUCUAACUCUCUUGGACUUGUCCUAUAACAGCAUAGGAGGUUUACCUGGAGCUCUCGCUGACAGUUUCCACCAUCUGACACACCUGUCACUCCAAUACAACCAUUUGACCAAGUUGGACCGUGUACACUUGGAGGCUUUAGAAAAUCUCAAAGUUCUUCAUUUGAAGGGCAAUCCCUGGAGAUGUGACUGCCAUCUGAUAGGACUCAAACUAUGGUUGGAAAAAUUUGCCUUCAAAGGUGGAGAGGUUGAUGACAUCACAUGUGUCCAACCUCACCUCAUGCAAGAGCGAGAUCUUCGUCACGUUCCCUACGAGCUGUUUCACGCCUGUAUGAUCACCAGCUACAGCUACCUGUUCGCCAACAUCCACUAUCUGGACGGCAAGCAACGUGGGCUCAGUGGACAGCUUCACUCGAGCGUAAGCGAUUUCGGCCCGCUGGGAGAGAACCUGCUCCCCGAGUGUGAGGCCAAACACAGACCACGUCCAGUGAACUAUAGACAUGCAAUAGCAACGGUGGUCAUCACGGGAGUGGUUUGUGGAAUUGUGUGUUUGAUGAUGUUGGCAGCAGCUGUCUACGGAUGCGCUUACGCAGCAAUUAAUGCAAAGUAUCAAAGAGAGCUAAAGAGGAAAAUGACAGAGGCUGAUAGAAAAGAUGAAGAGCACUGAGAGAGACAGCAAGAGGAAAAAAGAGCACAUAAAACACAAAUACACUCACAUUAGAUUCAAGUGUUGAAAUACAGUUCAACAUUGUAUCAACAAAGCCCUGUCUGAGUGAGUAUGCAAUGAGUCAGAUUACUGGCAGCCACAACGCAGCAAAUCUAAAUAUAUCUCACUAAACAGCUGUGGAAGCUUCAGUCUAUGACAGAUCUCAAAUAAGCAAUAACAUAUUGUAUAAUAGUACCACAGCUUCACUGAUGUGUGGAAACUAAAAAAACAAAACUACAACACAAGACUGUUUUCACUGAUGGAUGGGGCUUAUUUAUUGAUGAGAACUCUGUGUUAAAGCAGAGGUCCCAGACAACCGCGUGCGACUCAGUACCAGGCCAUGGGCUUUUGGGAAAAUAGGUUCAUAGCAUUAUACUACUUAUUGUGUGUUUUGCCCUUUAAGAGCAGACAUAACUUUUUUACCGGGUCUCUCUCUCUCUCUACCAGUGCAUCUGCGAUCACAAAGCUUAGCUGUCAUUAGAGGUUGAACAUACUUUCAAACACAAUCGAUCCAAGAAUUGCACAGGAAUAGCUCCAUGAAUCAUUUUAAAAUGUACCUUGCGAAUCAUACAUCAACUCAGUGACAUUGCAAAUGCAGACUUCUGGAAAAAAGACGGAAUUAAAAUUAAUCUGAACUGUACUGCACUUGAAACAAUGAAAAUGAAAAUUAUCCGCCAAAACAUGGUUAUACAUUUCUACUUAAAUAAAACCAUUAUUUAUUUUCCUAAUGGAUGCCCAGUAAACCAAAGUUCAGCCUGUGAUUCCUGGACAUGAUUACCACCAAUGGGGAUUGAAAAAUUCAAAAGUGGAGAAAAAAGGUCAGGAAGAGGAAAAAACAGCUAACUUUCCACCUUCAGGAGACUCUUUUAUUUCUAUCAUGACUACACUGUAAAUAAAUUAAACUAGGUUGUAGUAUGAUUUGCAUGAGCUUUUUGUUGACCGAAAUACUAAGAAAUACUCAUAGAUCCUCGCCCAAUUAACAAAAGCAGACUCUUCUGACCAUAGAUAUGUAUAAAGGCUAGAUGUGUUACGGCAGAGUCUUUAACGUCAUCACCUGGCGGCCAUCUUACCGCAGGCAGCUCGCUCACUCGUAGCAUUGAGUUUUAAUGGUGCAGAUACUUUUAAAUGACCAUAACUUGCUCAAUUUUCAACUGAUUUUCAAACGAUUUGGUUUCUUACAAACGUUAUUAACGUGGCUAUAACAUGCUUUAACAUGUUUCAUGAUGUUUUUUUUUUUUUUGGAUAAGUAUGCAGUGUCAUCUGUACAUCUUUGACGUUAAUAACAAACCAAAGUUUCACUUGCACAGUCCCAAAGCCAACUGCAAAAAAUCAACCUGAUUUCAUAAAUUUCCAUGAAAUAGUCACGCAUUAUUUUGCUCAGUUUUGCAUGGCAUUGUCACGUAUUUCCACCAUUUUACAUGCCCGUGCCACGCAUUUCUUUUCCGUGUCAGUUUCACGUAUUGGUUACUCAACUGUUUUUCCUAUUUUUAAACAAUUGUUGCUUCGGUUUGGGGUUAGAUUUGUUGUUGCAUUAGGAUGUCACUUUAAGUAUUGGUUUAUACUAUUUUUUCGUAUGCUUUUUAAACCAUUGUUGCAUGAUGUUAGAGUUGGGUAAGGAUGUCAUUUUAUGUAAAAGAAAGUUGUUCUAACCCCAAACUGAA